CCUCCUCGCUGUCUGCCAGGAAAAAAGCGCAUGACUACCCGUGGCAAUCCUGUGAGAGCUGCGCGCGCGCCGGGUAAUCACGUGUGCGCGCACUUGGAGUGUUGUUCUCGUCCUGGACGCCGUCAGAAGCGCGUUCACACCGCCACUCCUGGGAGCCAGCAUCACCCAAACACCGGCUUCUCCUGCAUCGAGCACCAGCCGGGCUGUAGCCAGUAGCUAGACCGGGUAUCCUCCCGCUGCCCGGUGCUCCACACACCCGGUGCCUUCAGGACGAGCGCGCGCGCAGCGGUGGACCAUGGAGGGGAUGCAGGCGUACGGAGCCGGGAAAGCCGGCGGAGCCUUCGACCCAGUCACCUUCUUCCAGCAGCCUCCGACCAUCAUCCGGAUACUGUCUUGGCUCUUCUCCAUUGUGAUCUUCGGCUGCAUCGCCAACGAAGGCUACAUCAACAGGCCCAAUGAAGUGGAGGAGUUCUGCAUCUUCAAUCGCAACCAGAACGCCUGCAAUUACGGCGUCUUCAUGGGCUCCAUGACCUUCCUGAGCUGCGUGGCCUUCCUGGCCCUGGAUGUCUACUUCCCCCAGAUCAGCAGCGUCAAGGAUCGCAAGAAAGCAGUGCUGGCUGAUAUUGGAGUGUCAGCAUUCUGGUCUUUCAUGUGGUUCGUCGGUUUCUGCUUCUUGGCCAACCAGUGGCAGGUGAGCAAUCCUGAAGACAACCCCCUAAAAGAGGGAGGGGAUGCGGCCCGGGCAGCCAUCACCUUCUCCUUCUUCUCCAUCUUCACUUGGGCAGUGCAGUCCUUUUUGGGCUUCCAGAGGUACAAGCUGGGCGCUGACUCCGCCCUCUUCUCCCACGAGUACACGGAUCCCAGUCAGGACGCGGCCGGAGCGCCGUACUCCUCUUUCGGGGGAGACGAUGUGGAGAGUCCCGGAGGAGGGGGGCAGCUGAACAGCGACGGAGCUUUCGAUGGAACAGGGGGCUACCAACGUCAGGACUACUGAGAUAACGUGGGUCAUGAAGCGAGACGGGGAUCCAGGCUCAGGUGGUGUGCUGGUUUGGAAUUACUAGAUCUGGUGGUUUCAUUCACAUGGUUGAGGUCGCACUACUAUGUUUUUAUUUAGUCUGACAUGAUGAUGGCAUCAAGGGUAGCCGAUAAUUCGAUGAUGCUUCCCUUAAUUCGAGGUAAACGUAAACUCACUGAUGCUAUUUUAAUGUGUACAAUUUCUGAACUCUCAUUGUAAAACCCUCAAUUAUUUUCCAGCUCAGAUCUGCCAGAAGUAGUUCCUAAAUAUUGAAAUGAAAAGAGGUUAUUGCCAACACUGGUAUCCUUCCUCAAUUGCUUUUCAAUAUCAAAAAAAUAAAAUAAAAUUGUAAAAUUGUUUCAUGUUAUAAAAAAACUGUGUCAUGUAUUACUCCCCAAUGGUGAGGAAAACACCUGCUCAUCUCCAACUUUAGUUCAGAUCAGAACCAGAUAUAAAUACAUUUCUACCGAGGAAACAUAAAACAAAAAAGUUGAGUGUUAGUUGUCAUAUUUAAGUCAGGAACCAGUGUCAUAUUCAGAAGCUGUCAGCUAACAAAACCAAAUUUCCAAGAACAACAUUGUUGAUCUACUAAUGACAUUUCAAAUGACGGUCCAGGUGUUAAACAGGUUUGUGGAAGCAUCUGGCUUCAGAUGAAUCCCAUCUCAUACACUAGUUCAUUCUCCUUCAUGUUGAAUUUCCCUCAGGUCAAGUUGACAAAUUUUGAUUCAUCAGUCAAUGCCAACCAUCAAUCUGAAGCUGUUUGCAAUAGUGGAUGAUGUUGGGAAUUUUAGAAGGAAAGUCUCUUUCCAUCAGAGCGCUCCAAAAAAAUCGGACAAAUUUGUGUGUGGAGGACGCUACUGAACGAUUCUGCAACAUUUACUUGUUUCUGUAUCGACAUAGAUUUCAAAUAAAGAUGUAGCAGUGUGCACGGUUUGAGUAUUAAGAAACACGAAUGGAAGAUCUCCACUCUUUCUGACCAGUGCUUGUGACCACAUUGCCUUCAUCAUUUGAGGUCUGCUUUCAGUGCGCCGAAGGUUCGAGUCCCAACUUAUACGACGUUAUUGACGUGACAAUGAAAACUGCUCCGUGUACGUGUCACAGGAUAUCAGCACAUUUUCUUAAAGCAGUUGCGUGUUGUUGUUUUUUAAAGAACGUGGCUGAUGUUUUUGUUGCUUUUGCCUCGGUGCUGACUGCCAAACAAAAAGCAAGAUACAGUAUCAGCCAUUUAAAGGCCAAAAACUGACACCUUGUACUUUCACCUCCUCAAUUUAUCCAUAUUAUGGUCUGGACAUACAUGUUUUGAAUUAAAACCUAACUGAACUCUUGAAAACAAGACAAGAUUCUCUGCUCUACUGCUAAAACCUGAGGAACGUGAUUCUGGUAUGAAUAAUGAAUGACCCAAGUUUAAAUACACCUGCAGCCAGUUUAGUUCCCUCAAAUGUUCUUGUUGAUGAUACAAUUGAAGAAUGAAGAAUAAUCCUAAAAUGUCAGGUAUGGCUGUCUGAAGGAAAAUGCAGACUAUUUGUGCAUAAUAUUUACAAGAUUAAAUUUCCAAAAAGUCGCCCUUUCUCCCCCUUUUUUCGCUGUCAUUUAGCUGUGAAGUUGAAAUAAUAAGACAGAAUACUACCAAUAACAUUAGACUGCCAAAGCUUUUAAAAUAAAUGAAUCAAAACCCAGAAUUUACAGAAAAAAAUAUAUAAAUGGCAAAUAGAAAUGUUUAAAUGUUCAAGGUGACCCACAUAUGACCCACAAUUGAGACGAGAGGCAGUAAAUAUUUUCACCUCUGUGACAAACGUUACUGAGUAUCAACUAAAGCUAAAAGCAAAUUUUGAAUUAAAUAACUAUUUUAGUUGAUUAUUUACGUAUAAACAUGAACUAUUUAGAUUAAAUCCUAUCACUCUGGGCCUAAAAGAAAGAUAAAACCUGUCACUCUGGAAACGACAAACUACCUGUAACUAUUAUUAAACUAAUAAUAAAUCACCUUUAACAUGGUUCAUCAUCAGUAUUUAUGUUUUUGUUGCCAUGUCACUUCAGUCAUGAUCGCAGUUUGACUUUAAGCUAACCGCAUGUAUUCCAUAUUCACUCAGACAGUGUCUGACUUUCAACCCAGACAGUAUGUUUUGUCGUCUCCAUAAGGAUUUAUCAGCUUCAUUUUACCAUAAUAUAAAUAUAUAACUAAGAAUAUCUGUAAAUACCUACUUCAGUGUGCGGGAAGGAAGACUUUAUUUUAGGGCAUUAAUCUAGUCCUGUUGAAAAACCAAAAGAUCUGUUGAGUGUUAUUGUGAUCUAUGGUGGUCGUCACAAUGCCUCAUCUCACAAGUUACUUUUUUAAUUAACGUUACUAUUUUAGGAUACUGAAUAGAGACAAUAUCAAAAUGAUCAAAGUAUAUGUAUAGACAUGGAGUACUUUGUACUGUGUAGGAGUAGCAAUGUGUGAUGUUCUGUGGUAUCUUAAAAUUGUAAGGAUAUAUGUUUUCGAUGUGUUUAUCAAUGAAAAUAAAGAUGAAUAUAUAUGAAAAGUUUUUUUUU